GUGAACUAGGAAGUUAGAAUACUGUCUCUGAACGCCCUGGCAGUGAAGAAAAUGAUCAGCGAGCUACAGAAGCUUGGUGCUGGGUUAGCAGGAUUUGGCAUUUUUUUCAUCACCUUUGGGGUACUAUUAUAUUUUGAUACAGUCCUUCUGGCUUUUGGAAACAUUCUGUUCCUAUCUGGCUUGGCUCUAAUUAUUGGUCUUAGGAGGACAUUCAGCUUCUUCUUCCAGCGACAAAAGUUAAGGGGCAGCACCUUCUUUUUGGGAGGAGCACUUCUGGUCCUUCUCCGUUGGCCACUGAUAGGAAUGCUGUGUGAAAUCUAUGGCUUUUUUAAUCUAUUCAGGGGGUUCUUUCCAAUGGUGUUUGGGUUCCUGGCAUCUCUGGGGAACAUUCCUGUACUUACCUUGCUCUUUCAGAAGUUAGCAGGCAGUGAUUCCACAAUGGUAUAACUCGUACGUGAAAAUGAUGAGCCCACCAAAGAGAUUUUACUUAUCUUGACUUAUUUUUCCUUCUAACUUGGAUUAGUGCGGUGGUACAAAUAUGGACACCGUGACAAUGUGAUGUACACCAAACAGCUGUGAUGCAACAGAUACAGAAAAAGUACAUUUCAUGACAAAACUGGGUAGCUUGAUUAACAUUUAAUAAACUAUUUAAACCAAA